AGCACACAAGGAUUCACGAAGGGAGAAGCGGAGUCUCCCAUGCACACGCGCACACGCACACAGGAGGUCUAAGCAGGCAGGGAGGCACGGAGGGCAGGGAGGCAGACAACACUAGGCAUGCAGCCAUCCACCAUGUCAUGAAGUGCGGGGCUCGGGGGGAAGGAGGAAGGCUAUCGGGGUCAUCAGCAGUGCUGCCGAUGAUUGACAUGGUACCAAUGAUAUACACACAAGAGGAGGGCCCUUCCUGAUCGUCCGCACCGCAACACCACCAUCACACCAGCACACUAGCACUCUCUCUCUCUCUCUCUCUCUGCCCAUCCAAAAAGCAUCGCGUCCGUCCGCCACGACACACCGCAAAAAAUACCGCACACACAGACGGACGGACUACUGGAUGGAGGGAGGGAGGGAGGGCUGGAUCAGCGGAUGGACGCAGCACAGCCCCCAACAAUGGCGACCGUUGGUUCUGUCUACUCGUCCCUGCCGCCCGAGGUAUACACACACAUUCGCCUCUCUGACGACCGACACCCACCCGCCCGCCACACACAUCACUGUAUCACUCUUGAGGAUUGGCAGCGUCCAUGGCGAGGCGGAUAGGGUCGUACUGGUGCAGCAGGCCGGGCACCUCCAUCAGCCGCUGCUGCUCGAUCUGCCGGCUCCGCUGCAGAGCCUCGUCGCGCUCGGUGCGGUACAGCUCCGUCAGGCCCUCCGCGUCACCACCGGCAUACUCCUGCACUCAAACACACACACAAACACCACCUCAGUGGGGUGGUGGGUGUGGGUGUGGGUACCUACCUUGAUUUGGACGAGGAAGUCUCUUAUGUGGGAUUGGAACUCGGUGUGGUUGCCGCUCUUGUUGAAGAGGUCCAGCACGAAGGCCUCCACCUGGUUCCUGCAGCCAGGGAGAUGGGAUGGAUGGAUGGAGGGAGGGAGGAUGGGUGUGUGUGUGACCGGUUUACCUACCUGUUGAGUGUGGCGAACGUCUGGCAGAGCAUGUUGCAGAUGUACUCCCUGGGGGCACAGACAGAGUGUGGUGUGGUGGUUGUGGGUGUGAGUCUGUCUGUCUGUCUGUCUGGCUGCUUACAUGACUUCCUGUUUGGACGUGACGCCGCGCAGCUUGCCCAAAUCAACUGCCGUCACCAGCUGCACACACACACACACACACACAGACAGGGAGACACAGAGAGAGAGAGAGACGAUGGCCUCUGUGUGUGUGUGCCGAUGUCCGCAGUCCGUCCGCACCUCCAUCAGGAUGAUGGUUUGGUGUUUGAAUCCCGCCUUGUGCAGUGUGUCGGUGAGGACCACAAAGAUGUCGUGCAGCAACAGCUGGUAGUAGCUCUUAAAGAAAUUGCCGCACAACUGCAGUCCACACAAGACAAGCCACACACACCAACCACACACACACAACACACAACCGGACAGACAAAUGCAUUUGAUUCCAUCAUCGAACAAACAGCACGGGAAGGUUGAUCUCUGACACACAGACCUGUGGGUCAAGGUGGAGCACCUUGUCGAGGAAGUCGCUCAGCACCCGGAGCCCCGCGUCGGCCACCGAGGGGUGCUCAUGCUUGAUGGCCCACACCAGGGAGUCGACAAACAGACGCAGACGCUGCUCCGGCAGCAAAAAUAAGGCUGCAUUGCAUCCACACGUUGGCCACACACACAGCACACACACAGCCGUCUGUCGCGUGAGGGAGCGGCGUGUGUGCACCGUACCGUCGAAGCAGUAAGUGUUGCAGGCGCGCAGGAGUGCGUAGAAGUUGACGCGGUGGUCGGGGUAGCUUUGGAAGUCAGAUUUGAUCAUCUCCAGGGUGGGGUCAAACACCAUCUCAAAGAUACGGGGCACUUGCUGCAAUUUUCACACCACACGAAGACAGGACAGGCACACAACACACAAACCAUGCCAGCCAGCGCCAAGCAAACACAAUGCAUUCAGCCGAGUCGUGUGACGUACGUACCGGUGUGAUUGAUGGGGACAGCUUCGAUAUGAGCGUCGACAGCAGCGACAGCACCUCAGGGUCACGCGCCUGCGGAUGGUUGGCCCUAUAGUGCACCACACGCCACAGCACAGCACACACACAGAGAGAUACAUGCACCAACGCCCACACGCCCACCCCAUCACCCCAUCACCCCAUCAUCACACCCCACCUACCUGUAGUCAGCGAGCACCGGUUCGAGCAGCGGCGGCACGAGUCCGCUGCACACCCUCUGUAUCAGCUCCGACCGCCGGCUGCUCUGCGUCUCACGGCCACCCCCAGGGAUGCCAUUCGUCUCGGGGAUCUCGCCCGUCGCCCCGGCUGCAGGCUGGUGCUGACUGCCGGGGGGCCCGUGGGGGUCAGGGGGGAUCGCCUGGUGAUUGACAGACACACGCCAUUAAUGGGUGGGACAGAGAGAGGGGGUGGGUGUUUGGAGGGUGGGGGCGAAGGAAGGGUCGUGUGUUACCUUCUCGACGAAUGUUUCGACGAGUUUGAGUGUGUCCCUUUUGAAGGUGCGCAUGCCUUUGAUCUGGGAGUGGCCCAUGAUCUGCGGACCGUUGCUCGCGACCUUGGACGAGAUGCCCUCACUGCAUCACAUCAAUGCAUCCAUUCACUCACUCAUGGCACAGACCUGUGUGUGCGCAGUGUCUGCAGGCAUCUAUCUAUCUGUGUGUGUGACAGAUGGUUGCCUGUAGUAUUUGUAGACCCGCAGGACCUGCUGGUAAAUGCUGCCCAGCUGGUGCUCCAUCGCACUGCCAGCAGAACUGAUCAACGCCACCCACAUCAGCCACAGAAUUAUCGAUCCCUCUGCAGUCGUGCUGUGCUGUGCGGUGUGUAGUGUGUGGUCAGCAGCUGACCUCGCGACCCGUUCGUUCGUCCUGAGAAAGUGGGAGAGCUGCCGCAUUGCGUUGAGGUCGACCAGUAUGCCCUCGUUCUGCACACACACGGCACAAUCAAUGCCCACACAUCACAUGGACGGUCCACGUAGGCACAUCCUCCACACAUACCUGUGAGGCCGCUUGGAGUAGGUGGUUCCACUGGGCGUUGAGGUGGGACAUCAACCCUGCCACGCACACACACACACACACACACAGACACUGCGCCAGCAUGCCUUCCUGCCUCCCGCCGUUCACCGCACCAUCGACGUAUUGGUAUUGCUCCUGCUGUGUGGGCGCCUCAGCGAUCAUGUACCCCACGGCCUCGUAGAAGGUCUGCUGGUCGCCGAACUCCAAGUCGGCCGUGUGGCCCUGCAGCUGACCAUUCGGCCCUGCACACCAAGCCACACACACACACACGUGUGCAGUGUUCGUGUGUCUGUUUGGGUCUUUGGUUACGUGUGAGUUCGGCGAGGAAGCACUCGGCCUCUGCCGGCUGCACCUGGACGAACUUCUUGCGACACUUCUGAGAUAUCUUCAGAAACGUCUCACAAGCCAUUUUCUGACGAACACAUACACAGAGAGAGAGUGAGAGAGGGUAUGUGUGUGUGUGUGUGUGUGGAUGGGUCGGUGGACACCUGACCUGCACGCCGGGGAACGUCUCGUGCAUGAACUCAAAGAGCUUGAGCAGCACCGUCUUGAGGAACUUCCAGUGCGCACGCAGAAACCUACACCAACCACGCGCGCGCACACACACACACACACAGAAGAGAGAUAGAGAGUGGGUGUGUAAACCAGUGUGUGUGUGGGUGUGUGUCAGGACUUACCUUGGGUAUUGCCCGACCACAUACAUGAUGCAGCUGGCCACAAUCUGCACACGCACAACACGGACAGAGAGAGAAAGAGAGAGAGAGAGAGAGAGAGUGGCAGGCCGUUCGUGUCUGUCUGUCUGUCUGUCUGUCUGUCAGCUUGACUGGCUCGCUCCUCCCCCCCGCCGACCGACCGCUUUGUUCUCCUUGCCCCUCUUCAUCUCACAGAGGCUCAGCAGAUCCUACACACACCACACACACCGACCGAGUGUCCUCCCUGCAGCUGAGGUGACAUUCGUCAGACACAGCCACACCGGUGGGUGCGCACCUUGAUGAUGGUGACGACGAAUCGCUUCUCGUUGGCCUCGUCCAUGGCGCCGCUGAUGGACCCCAUGGCCCAGCAGAGGCAGUUGAGGCGGGCGGGGUUCCACGGCUGCUGGGGGGAGGGCAUCAUGCCGUUGGUCGUGUCGCUCAGGCACUGUAAGGGACAGACAGACGCACAGACAGACAUAGAGGACACCAUGUGUGUGUGUGUGUGCAGAGAGAGGGAGGGAGGGGUGAGGGGUGUGGGGAGGGGGGACUUCACCUCUUGUGUGAGCAGUUCCAGCAUGAUGUGUUCCAUGUUGGAUUGGUCGAGGUGUGUGAGGUACACCAUCACCUCGCGCAUCUUGUGGUAUAGCUCAACCUCAGCUGACCAACCAGCCAACCAACCAAGGAGCGAUCCACACACAGACAGCGAGAGAGAGAGAGACACUGCCUGCCUGCCUGCCUGCCUAUCUGGGUGCCUCUGUGUCUGCGGGUUCACCGGUGUCGACUUGGAGUUCCCUCGAGACCUCGCCCGUCUCCUCGUCGAUCACUAUCAACACCUACCACACACACAAUCACACACACGUGCCUGCCUGCCUGCCUGCCGGUUUCCCCCUCUCUCUGCGUGUGUGUCAGCUGGUCGACGGGCGCACCUCCGGCGGCUUGGCCAUUUUGAGCAUGAGCACCCUCCUGACGUCGCUCAUGACGCCGUUAUAGAUCGGUGUGUAGGGGUUCAGGAUGCUCAGGUCAAACGGACUGCCGCCGCCACACGACGGGCCGCCCGGACCGAGGUGGGUGGGGCUGGAGUGGGGCGCAGCCAGAGUGCUGUUGCCUGAUAUCCAUCCAUCCAUCCAUCCACCGUGACACACCACAUGAGGCGGGGGCGGGGGGAUGUGGGUGCACUGACUGACCGUCGGAAGAGGUGUCCAUGCCGGUGGCCUGCAUGGCGUCUUGGGGUGCGGUGCCGUUCAUGGCGCCGCCGUCCAGCAACAGGGGAGGGGGCAGCCCGUUUGAGCCGUUCGUGGUGCUCUCGGGCGGCCUCUGGGGCGGGGCGGGGCACACACCACAACCAACAAGAUGACCAUGUGUGUGGUGUGUGGUGUGGUGUGGUGUGGUGUGUGGUGCACUGUACCAUGUUCUCGUAUAGUCGUUGCGCGAGAUAGUGCCAAAAGUCGAUGCAUGUCUUGAAGGUCGAGUCGUUGGAACACGCCUGCGUUAUGCUCACCUGUGCGACGGACGCACACACAGAGGAUUCAGCGAUCGAUCAACGCAACGAAUCCAUCGGCGUCUUGCUUUGCUGCAUACUGACCAGUGUGCCGAGAGCGGUGCUGAGCUGCGACUGCAUGACGAUGUGCUGCGGUAGCUGGCCCGCCGCCUCUAUCGCUUGGAGGUGGUAGCGCAGAAAGGCUAAGUGAUCAGAUGGAUGGCACACGCACACACACACACACACAGAGAGAGAGAGAGAGAGAGAAAGUGUGAGGGUUGGGGACGCCAUUGUCUUUGUGUGUGUGGGUGCGUCGCGUGUGGAGUGCAUCCAUCCAUCAUACCUACCGGCGAUAGCUAUGGCCAGCUGGUUGAAGAAGUUCUCCCAGUAUAUUCUGAUGGACCAUUUUGAUGGUGCAGCAAACGACGCGUGUGGUCACACUGAGGCGUGUGUCAGUCGGUGUCAGAGCUUAAGACACACAACUGACUGACCUGUGUUGUGGCGGCGCUUUGGUCUCGUACUCGAUGGACUCUGGCGGCAAGGCAGACACCUUCUCAAUCAGCCGGGAGAACAGGUACACUGAACAGACACACAACGAACGGCAGCCGCCUCUCUCCCCCUCUCUCUCUCUGUGUGUGUGUGUGUGUGUGUACGUAGUUUGUCGACGUAUCUGUCAAUUCCCUCGUGCAGUGCAGCGAUCUCCCCGAGGCACUUGACGCACUCUAUCCUGAACUCGGGCGGGUCCCAAAACUGGUCGAUCAGGAUGCCGAUCAAGUUCGUCUGACAAACACACACACACACACACACACAGGGGUGCUGGCUGGUUCAUGUGUGUGUGUCUGUGUGGCGGACGACUGAGAUGUAUACCUCGAACACGAAGCCGAGUGGGAUCCACGCGAGAAAGUGCUGGAUGCAGCUCAGCGUCACCCUACACACACACACACACAGAGGGGUCAAAUGGUGCGUGUGUGUGGGUGGGUGGGUGUGCGUGGCUGUGAGGGUGUGUGGUGUGUGUGUGUGUGUGUGGUGCAUUCACUCAUUACUUGAUGAGCGACGGUUUGACGGCGCCCCGCUGCUGCAUCCACGAGUCGAAGAUGAAGGAGCACAGCUCGUAGAUCACCCUGAACUGCUCGUUCAUGGCGUCCUUGAGCUGCUCGAUCUUCUUGGACGUCAUCUGCUCACUCCCGAACUCAAACACCUCCUCGCUGUUGGCCAAACACACCAUCAUCAUCAUCAAAUGUGUGUCUGUCGGUGUGCUGGAGGGGGUGGGGUGUUUACCUCAGGAGGUUGAGUAUCUUCAUGUUGUUCUCGCAGAGCGACUGGUUGGUCCGGGAGGCGCCGCAGAUGUCAGGAAUGAACGACUCCCAGUUCUGAGGCCACUCCUUCUUCACUAUCUGCCAACACACACCAACCACACACACACACACAUCGACCCCAAUCACACCACAGACAGACAGAAUGUCACCUGAAUGAGGGUCUCAUUGAGUUUGGUGAGGAAGUGUUUCUCUCCAGCCUGGAGGCUCUCGUCGCUGCUGAUCUUGAUGGUGAGGUUGACGACGUAGGUCUUCAUGCCCUCCUUCUGGUCCUUGGGCAGCACCUUCCACCUCGUGGCGAUGCAGUUCUCGAGGAUCGAGAGGGCGAAGAACUUGGUGUUGGGGUUGCUGCUGUUGCCCAGGAUGGUGUCCACGUGGGUCCAGCUCUCGGGGUGGCCCUUCAGCUCGUUCAGCACCUGGUGCGCUAUCGACCGCUGUAAUGGGGACAAACCAAACACACACACAUGCACACAAAGCAGUGGAUCUGUGUGUGUGUGUGUGUGUGUGUGUGUGUAUCUGUGUGUGCUUGACGUGACGUACGUCUUUCUCAUUGCCACUAUACAUGAUAGUGACAACAUGGUCGAGCAGCUUGACCCGCUCAGCGUUCCACUCGCCCGGCAGCAGCAGCGCCUGUGGCUCCAUCAUUGACACCAGCACACCCAACACACACACACGCCACUGCCAGCCGCCCCUCUCGCCCACUCAACACCGCAGACACGACGCCACACCAAAUGAG